GCCGCGGAAGCGGGACGGGAUUGGAGUGCUCUGCUCCGGACGCACUACGUAGGUGGGCCUGCGGGAGUUCCGAGUGCGACGGCUGAGGUCUCUACCAUGGCGGCCCGGCUUGUGAGCCGAUGCGGAGCUGUGCGUGCAGCUCCCCACAGCGGCCCGCUGGUGUCCUGCUGCAGGUGGUCCGGCGCCUCAACAGACACCGUGUAUGACGUGGUGGUGUCGGGUGGAGGCCUGGUGGGCGCUGCCAUGGCCUGUGCCUUGGGAUAUGAUAUUCACUUUCAUGACAAGAAAAUCCUGUUACUCGAAGCAGGUCCAAAGAAAGUAUUGGAGAAAUUGUCAGAAACUUACAGCAACAGGGUCAGCUCCAUUUCCCCUGGCUCUGCAACGCUUCUCAGUAGUUUUGGUGCCUGGGACCAUAUCUGCAACAUGAGAUACAGAGCCUUUCGGCGAAUGCAGGUGUGGGAUGCCUGCUCAGAGGCCCUGAUAAUGUUUGAUAAGGAUAAUUUAGAUGAUAUGGGCUAUAUCGUGGAGAAUGAUGUCAUCAUGCAUGCUCUCACUAAGCAGCUGGAGGCUGUGUCUGACCGAGUGACGGUUCUCUACAGGAGCAAAGCCAUUCGCUAUACCUGGCCUUGUCCAUUUCCUAUGGCCGACUCCAGCCCUUGGGUUCAUAUUACCCUAGGUGAUGGCAGCACCUUCCAGACCAAAUUGUUGAUAGGUGCAGAUGGUCACAACUCCGGAGUACGGCAGGCUGCUGGAAUCCAGAAUGUGAGCUGGAACUAUGACCAGUCUGCUGUUGUGGCUACUCUGCAUUUAUCAGAGGCCACAGAAAACAAUGUAGCCUGGCAGAGAUUUCUUCCCUCUGGGCCUAUUGCUCUGCUCCCGCUCUCAGACACCUUGAGUUCCUUGGUUUGGUCCACAUCCCAUGAACAUGCAGCAGAGCUAGUUAGCAUGGAUGAGGAAAAAUUUGUGGAUGCCGUUAAUUCUGCCUUUUGGAGUGAUGCUGCCCACACGGACUUCAUCGACACAGCUGGUGCCAUGCUGCAGUAUGCUGUCGGCCUUCUGCAGCCCACUAAGGUCUCGGCUCGCCAGCUGCCCCCAAGCGUAGCCCGGGUGGAUGCCAAAAGCCGAGUUCUGUUUCCUCUUGGGUUGGGACAUGCUGCUGAGUACGUCAGGCCUCGGGUGGCGCUCAUUGGGGAUGCAGCCCACAGAGUCCAUCCGCUUGCAGGACAGGGUGUCAACAUGGGCUUUGGGGAUAUCUCCAGCUUGGCCCAUCACCUCAGUACGGCAGCCUUCAAUGGGAAGGACUUAGGUUCCAUGAGCCACCUCACAGGUUAUGAAACAGAAAGACAGCGUCACAACACUGCUCUUCUGGCUGCUACAGACUUACUAAAAAGGCUCUAUUCUACCAGUGCCUCCCCGCUUGUGUUGCUCAGGACGUGGGGCUUGCAGGCCACAAAUGCAGUGUCUCCACUCAAAGAACAGAUUAUGGCCUUUGCAAGCAAAUGAGUACUCCUCUUCUAAAGAUUAUGUUGAUGAAAAAGAACAUCCUGCCCCGGAUCCAUCAUACAUAUUUUCAAGAUCUUAUUUAAUAAACUUACUUUACAUUAAAA